AUGAUCAUCUCGGAGGAAAACCGCAGAGAAAUCUGCAAGUAUCUUUUCAAAGAAGGAGUUUGCUUUGCGAAGAAGGAUUUCAAUCUUGCUAAGCAUCCUUUGAUUGAAUCAGUACCCAACCUACAAGUGAUCAAGCUCAUGCAGAGUUUCAAAUCCAAGGAGUAUGUGAAGGAGACAUUCGCAUGGAUGCAUUACUAUUGGUUUCUGACCAACGAAGGAAUUGAGUUCUUGAGAACUUAUCUUAACCUUCCAUCUGAUGUUGUUCCUGCUACGUUGAAGAAGUCAGCUAAGCCCCCUGGUCGUCCAUUUGGUGGCCCACCUGGUGAUCGCAGAGGACCACCUCGCUUUGAAGGAGACCGUCCUAAGUAUGGUGACCGUGAUGGGUACCGUCGUGGUGGUGGUGAGUCUGGAGGUGAUAAGGGUGGAGCACCAGCAGAUUACAAUCCAUCUUUCCAAGUAAGUGGUGGUAGACCAGGCUUUGGCCGUGGUGCUGGUGGUUACAGUGCGGCUGCACCAUCUGGUUCAGGUUUCCCUUGA